CGGACCCGGCCCUUAGGCGUCGCGCACCAUGGCCGCUGCCGCCCCCGACCCGGUCACGCGGCAGGUCAGCGGCCGCGCAGCCCCGGCCCCGAGCGGCCCCGAGCGCGGGCAGCCCCUGGCGGCCGCCGUGGCGGAGCUGCCGGUGCAGGACGCCUCCGGGAAGCGGGUGCCGUUCGGCGCGCUGUUCCGGGAGCGCCGGGCCGUCGUGGUGUUCGUGCGGCAUUUCCUGUGUUACAUCUGCAAGGAAUACGUGGAAGAUCUGGCCAAAAUCCCCAAGAGUUUCUUACAAGAAGCGAAUGUCACCAUUAUAGUUAUUGGACAGUCAUCAUACCACCAUAUUGAGCCUUUUUGCAAACUGACUGGGUAUUCCCAUGAAAUCUAUGUUGAUCCUGAGAGAGAAAUUUAUAAAAGAUUGGGAAUGAAAAGAGGUGAAGAAAUUGCCUUCUCAGGACAGAGCCCCCACAUUAAGUCAAAUCUACUCUCAGGAAGCCUUCGGAGCCUGUGGCGGGCAGUGACUGGCCCUCUCUUUGAUUUUCAAGGAGACCCAGCUCAGCAAGGCGGAACCCUCAUUUUAGGCCCAGGUAACAACGUCCAUUUUAUCCACCGCGAUAGGAAUAGGUUGGAUCACAAACCCAUAAACUCUGUUUUACAGCUUGUAGGAGUUCAGCACGUGAACUUUACAAGCAGACCUUCAGUUAUCCAUGUGUGACUUAAUACGGAAUCUGUUGCUUUCAAAUGCACCCUCAGGAAUGUGACCUUAAGUGCUGGAGCGUCUAACUUGGUGGCCCUUCCUAGCCAUUGAGGGGUUAUGAAAACAGAGAGAGACCAGUUGAAUUGCAUGCUUAGAGGCAUCGGUUGUCAAAAAUGUGAGAUAUAUUUCUAAUUUUAUAGCUUUUAAAAUUUUAUACAAUAUAACAAAAUAAAUAUCAAUAUAUAAAAUAAAACUAAA